AGCGUCCCGGCCUGUCGCAAUAUCAACACCGCCCUCGAGGCGCUGGCCAUCUCGUAUGCCACCUCGGCACGCUUUUGCUUCAUCUCCGAGCAGGACUUCCCCGAGAAGAAGUCCGCCUUCCACCCGGUGGUGCUGCCCUCGCUGGCAAUCUACCACGGGGGCCAGGUGUCGGUGGUGCUCACUCGCCUGGGAGAUGAGAUCGAUUGCCGGACCCCCUCGGCCGCGGCGCGCGGCCUUGAGGAGUACCUUGUCCGGCAGAAGGUCCUGGACUCGGUUCUGUUCAAGGUCCCGGUCAGCGAGGCCCUUGACCAGGUCCGGGCCCGUGGAGGCGCCGACACCGCCGCUGGCGAUGACGGCGACAGUGCCGAUGAGGCCGAGGAGGAGUCCGUCGGCCGACGGACCCUGCGCCAUGGGUUUGGUCUUGGCAUGGCCAGUGACCGGCGUUAUUGA